GGCCUCGCCUAGAAAUCAUAAGACACCAGGUGUUUCCGGUCGCUGAGACGCUGGACUAUCUCCAACUGCCCCUUACGUGCUCCACCAAGCAGCCCAAGUUGUCACUAUGGUCGCCGCCUCGUUGACCAGGAGCCUGUUGCUCUUGGCUCUAGGUUUCUCCCAACAGGUUAUCGCGGCUUGCACCCUGACCAUCACAGCCAAGCAAGGGGAUACGUGCGCUACUCUCGCAUCCCAGGCCGGGAUCUCGGUUACACAGUUCCUCAGGUCCAACCCCUCCGUUACCAGCUGCUCGCAGCUUGUUGUUGGGCAAAACUACUGCAUCGAGGGAGUAGACGACGGCGGCUCAGGAACACCCCCCCAAUCCUCGACCCCCGCGGAUCUCGUGGUCAGCCCCGAUGGGAGCUGCGGACAGGGUGUGACUUGCACAGGGUCAAGGUACGGAGACUGUUGCUCGGCUCACGGCUUCUGCGGCAGCACCACCGACUACUGCGGCGAUGGCUGCCAGGCCGGGUUCGGGAACUGCGGCUCCGGCACGGGCGAGCCAUCGGGCUCCCCUGGCGGGUCGGUCACAGUCACCGUCACCAGCAUCACAUCGGUCACCAAGACCUCCGUGGUCACGCAGACAUCCACCGUCACCCAGCCCCGCGCCACGGCCACCGUCACGCAAACCGUCGGGACGACCGUCAGCGUGCCCGCCACCAUCACGUCCAUCAUCCGCCUGACGACCAUCGUCACCAGCCUCAGGACCUCGGUCACCACCCGCACAGUCAACGUCACGUCUGUGACCAUCGACACCAUCACCAGCAUCACCACCUCGACCCGUCUGGUCACGUCCGGCGUGUGCAGCACCGCGCCUACUAGGACGACCGGCAGACCGACCACCACCACCCCGCCCGAGGGACGCCCGACUCUCCCGGGUACCCCUAGCAAUUGUAAAAACUACGACGAGAUCCGAAGCAACGACAGCUGCCGCGACAUCGCAGACCGGAACAAGCUCUCACUUCGAGAUUUUUAUAACCUCAACCCGUCGGUGAGCGGAACCGUCCUCAACUUGGGCUUUGAUUGCACGCCCGAAUUCAUCGACCUCGUGCUAAGCGGCCUGUGCCAGAUCAACUGUGACGCCUUGUGGGAGGGGUAUUUUGUUUGUGUGGGCAGAUGA